AUGGUGGAGUCGAUGACGCUAAGUUGCUCCAUCUCCAACGACAACGGCCAGUCGGGCGACUUUAUCAAGAAACGCAAGUACUCGUCCAAGAAAGUGUGCUUCGAGUGCACUGAGACGGGUCAUUCCUCGUACGACUGUCCCCGCAACAUGCUGGGGGGGCAUGAGAAGCCCAAGAAAAGCUCCAAGCGACGGACGAAGUUUGAGCACGGAGAAGCCGCUACAUGA